AUGACGACCGUCGUGCGGACCCGGCACCCUCUGGAAGCAUUGAGCAUGAGCAAUCAAGCUAGGCCGACCCGGUCAACCGCCAAGCGCCUCGCGGCAUACGAUGAACAAGAUGGCGAUUUCCUCUUCACGCGCGGAUCAAAGCGACAAAAGACGGUGUCGUCCCCGGCGUCCCCGCCUGCUCCAGAACCCAAACCGGUAGCAAAGGCUGCAGCGAAGAAAGGACCAGGAAGGCCUCGCAACGGCACAAAACGCGCUGCAUCAUCAUCGCCCCCGCCGCCAAGUCAGGAGGAAACGUUACCGCUGAGGACCACUAAGCGGCAGACACGGAGCAAACGCGAUUCCUCGCCAAUAGUGCCAGAUAAGCCACUGGUGGUGCCAAAGAAGCGUGGCCCGCGGAGGACAAAGUCUCCGCCUGCUGAAGCCAUUGACGAGGAGGAGCCCAGGCCGGAGCCUGCGCCUGCGCCUGCGCCUGCGCUGACAUCUGCGAGACGAACGAACGGGGCUGGGCCGGCAUCUAAGGAUGAUGGCACGAGGAAGAGCGCCCGUAAAAAGUCACGCAAGGAAGAGGCGCCACCCGUCGAACAUGAGCCGCAAGCGACGCCUGAGCAGGUCGACAAGUCCCUCGAGAGAGACCCGAACGCGCAGAAAAUAGCACUGCCAUUCAGCGACACACCCAUCAACGCGCGCAACGCAGAAUUUCGCAAGAAAGGUGGCAAAGGCGCAGGUGGCGGGCGGCGGAGCAGCGUGGGCCUGCGAGGCAAGCGGGCCAGCUCACUGAUCGAGAGCGGCCACAGCGCAAUCCCUCACCGGGAGGUCAGCACGUCGGAAUUCUUCAAGCACAUCGAGUCCGAGGGGCUCAGUGAACCGCGGAGGAUGAAGCAACUUCUGACAUGGUGUGGGGAGAGGGCCUUGAGUGAAAAGCCGAAGCACGGAACGGCUGGGGCGCCCGCGGUGCUGGGUGCCCGCGCGAUACAGGAUGCGCUGCUGAAGGAUUUUGGGUCAAAGUCAGAAUUCUCAGACUGGUUUAGCAGGGAGGACGAGCCGUCCGCUGCUCCAAAGAGGCCUGUGGUCAUCAAGCCGAACCCGGUCAAUGUCGAGCACGAGGAGAAGAUUGCUGCGUUGGAAGCGCGCAUAAAACGAUUAAAGGAGACGCGGAAAUCAUGGCGUGCCUUGCAGGCACCUCUACCGCAAGUCUCACCUCUGUACCCCCCAGAAGACGGCGGCUUCGAGAAGGCGCCACUACCAGACACGACGCUUCUGGAUGCAGGGGAGGUUACAAUGCUCGAAUCCCUAACAGGCCCGUCCUCGUCAUUCGCACAUCUAAAAUCAACGACAAGAUCACGGCUGCAAACUAUCCAGUCGGGGGUGGAGUAUAAGGUCGACCGCCUCGCGGAUAGCGUGCACAAGAUGGAUCUGAGAGUAGUGACAGCGGGCCGACAGGCGGACAAGGUCCUCGCGUUGAGCUCGGAGAGGUUAAAGGAACGAGAAGAGAAGGAGCGGCAGGCGGCGGGCACGAAAGCACUGCCGACGAUGGAAGUGCUGAGGAGUCUGAGCAGGAUAUUGCCGGAAAAUGGAGGAUAG